AUGCGCGAGGACGUGGUCGGCGUUCUGUCACGCUUAGUUCCCCGCAGGACUGCGACGCUGUACUUCAUCCUUUUUGUGAGCACAUUGCUUCUGUCGAUAGGGCUGCUGAAUGGCUCUGAAAAUCUGUUCCGGAGCUUCACGUCCUGUCGAGGUGAUGCUGAAUACAACAUCAGCGCGUUCACCGCGUUGGUGGUAUUGCAGUGUAUCUUGAUCCUGCCCAAGUCGGAUGACUCUUCCGGGGACGAUGAGGAAGCUAGCGAAUUGACGACGCGUUCGUCUUUGCGCCGCCUAGACAAGGAUGGUCACUUUCCUUCUAAAAAUCUGACCGACAAUUUGGACUUUGCAAAUCGAAGUUGCUUUACUAACGAAGGGUUUGUGAGCAUCAUAUGCGAGAAGUUUAGUCCCCGAACUUCUCCGGUUAUAUCGUCCCGGGUGACCGGAAGCCAAGGAUCCAAACGUUCCAUGACAUCCUACGCCAACCAUGAUAAGAGUGACGGCGAUUCCAAGAUUGAUAGGCGGAUGUGCAAAUCUGGCCCCGCUUACGAUGAACAAACGCCGACUAACGACGAGACACCGGUGAACAAUGUCGGUGACGCUUCAACUAACGAGACCAUUGACCCAGAUCAGCCUCAAGGUGACCCAUCGUCAAACGAAAAUGGCGAUGGCGGCCCCAAUCCUUGCACUGCUUGGAUGUACAGCUGUUCUAUAUGUUGGAACUCGCUGUGGAUGUCCCUGUAUCAUUUUGUAAGUUUCAUGGGCAUUCACGCAACGCUGCUUGCUUCACGCAUUCACGGAUCGAUCGAGUUGAACAAGCAUGCACUGGAGACGUGCGGCCAUCUGCGCGACAAGUUCCCGCUGCACAUGUGGUCGCCGAGGCUUGGGUACCAGCUUAUCAGCGAGUCCACUUUUUUCCUGACCUAUAUGUCCUGUACGAGCUUUGAGCUCGUGAUUCGAAAGUAUGACGACUCGUCUUAUCUGAAGAAUUUUUUCGCCGGGCACAUUUUGAAAGAGCGCAGAUGUUUGGGCAUAAUGAGGAUUUUGCUACAGGCUCUGAUAUUUUUGUACGCAUUUGUGGUGAUCCUCGCAAGCGCUUUCACUGGAUAUGGGUCGCCCAUGCAGAUAUUGUGUGGAUUCUCGAUGGGGAUGCUGAUUCUCUGGAUAAACGCGUUGCUGACGCAGUUGAUCCAGCUUAGCAACAUGUCACACUCCACGUUAAACUUCAACUGGUUGUGGUCGUUGCUUAGCCUGCUCAACUUUUGGAUAUGCGGUGUGCUCUUCUAUGUCUCAGUGUACGGGAUUCCGCUCUCUGCGCCAUACAUUUACCUCCAGGUGGUAUCGUGGAUCCCGCUGCUGAUACUCACCACUCGCAAAGGCAAGCAGAUUUUCAUGUGGCAAGACAUUUCCAGCGCCCUGUAUACAUUCAACUAA